AUGAACAUUAUACGAAGGCUCUUUUCUAAGACCUCAAUCGCCUUUGCUAAGACUCUGGAAGAGCAGGUAGCAAAGUACUCACCAGGUAAAAAGGGCUCCCGUAGAGAACGAAUAGAACUCAGUAAUUUGAGAUCUCAAAACAAACUAUACCUUUUAGAUAAUGAAUUCAAUAUCUUUAACGACAAGGUAACUAAAGUCCUUGAUCUUGGAUACGUUCCUGGAAAUUGGUCCCAAGUGGCCAAGAUGCAAAUGUCGCAAGUACAUCAAUUGACUGAAUCUACAUUCAAUGAUAAAUGUCAUAUUUUAGGCUUUGAUAGCUUAUUUGCAGAGCCUAUUCCCAAUGUCUCCACUAUUCAAGGGAAUAUCUAUUCCAAAAGGUCUCAGUCACUCAUUAUAGAGCAUUUUCAAGAUAUCUCCUUGAGAGAAUUGGAACAAAGGAAACUUAUCAAGUCAUUAAGGGAUCAUUCUGCUACACAACAGGAUACUUACUAUACUAGUGAAAGAUUGGAUGAGAUCAUCAACGAAACCCAAUGGAAUAUCAACCUUAGUAAUAAUUACAACAACAAUAUCUGCAAGGAUAUCGACAUCUUGAAUGAUAAGUUACUGCAUUUAUCAUUGAAUGAAUACUCCUUUAAAGUAUCACGAGAUGACAUAAUCAAGUAUUUAGACUACAAACCUCAAGUGAUUUUGUCAGAUCUUAGUACACCAUCUCUACAAACGAAAGGGUUCUACGUGAAUACUUAUUCCAGACCGUAUAUCUCCAUGAAUACUCUGGAAUCAAUGAAUAAACCAAUUGUUGAUCCUCAGAACGCUGCGUUCGAUCUAGCAGAUGGUUCGUUAUUGCUUGCAUGUAAGCUCUUGAGAUCCUCAGGAACAUUUGUGUUGCGACUUUGUCGUAUCAACCCGAACGACACCCAAUUGGAGUUGUUGGAACUGAGACUACUCAAGGUCUUUAAUGAUAUAAAAAUAUGGGGGAACUAUAAUAAUCGGUUGAGCGAGCUAUUCUUUGUUUGUAGGGAUAAGAAGAAUGACAAUCAGUUUGAUAUUAAGAAUGUUUUUUGA